CGGCUGAUUUUCUUUAAACGAUGUUUUUAUUUCAUAUAAGGUGCAAUGUAUGUAAUGAUGUCUGCGACUCCAGUCUACAACCAAGCUCUCGACAGUCCAGUGAAGGUUGGCAUUCCAUCAAAGGGCGCUUCAUCAGUGUGAUCGGAGCGAACAUCUCCUGCGCAUGCGCCAAGAGUCCUGAAGGUCUGUCGCCCAGUGCUCACCUGGCGGACGGUUGUUUGGACCUGAUUCUUGUUAAACACACGUCACGGUUGCAGUACCUCAGACACAUGAUCAGACUUUCGUCUAAAGCUGAUCAGUUUAACUUUGACUUCGUGGAAGUUCAUCGCGUUCGCGAAUUCUAUUUCCGACCCCUUGCUGAAGAGAGCGAGCUUGAGAACGAGACUGACGGUAUCGAGGAGACUGGUGCGAGAGAAGAUGACGAAGAGCGGCUGGCUGCCAAAACGUCAUCAUCUACGUCACGACCUCGUGCCAGGAGCAUAUGGAACGUUGAUGGGGAGUUGGUAACACAUCCCGCCAUUCACAUCAAGGUCCACCGCCAACUGAUUCGUCUCUUCGCCCGAGGAAUUGAGGAAUGCGAAGACACUCCCUCUUGUACAGUUUGCAAAAGACGAUAGAUUUAGUUUGCAUUUCAGAAUUAUUUUUAGCAAUUCUAUGCGUAUUAGUCUAUUAGCGGUUUUGUGACCGAGGUUAGGCCUGGACAGAUCUUUUUCAAUUCGACUUAGGUUCUCUUGAUGUAAAGCCUUAAUUUGCUAUUUACAAAUCAAUAUCAAUUUUCAUAAGAGUUUUUCAACCAAAUUAAGCUCAAGAAAGAUCUCUAUAAAUACAUGCUACAAAAAAGUAAAUAUUACAAUUCCCACUCGAAAAUAACAUAGCUAGUCGAGUCGGGAGAGACAACAGUUUAUAAUUACAUGUAAUGGACACGCUGAACGGGAAAAUCUUUUGUGGUUGUUUAAUCAACGUGUCAGAACUCACGUUUCCGAGCGUCACAGACGGGAACCUUUUUGAUACGUCUUUCCUUCGCACUACGUAUAUGGGUAUGGAAGUUCUGACCUUUACGACUCAGUGACUGGGCGAUCCUGACGUUACGGACGUGGUUAAGUGGAAUAUAAGAUUAGGUUAUUAUAAGAUUGAGAUAAUUCACAUUGCCUCACGAAUAUUCGUUCUUGUUUGCCUAUAAUGUACAGCCAAGAAGUACCUCGCUGCUUUAACCGAAGUAUUUUAUCACCAAGAACCAAGCAUUUUUGUUUUGUAAUUUUAUUCACCUCAUUCUAUUUCGUAAAUCCAAUUGAAUAAUUAAUGAUUUUGUAAGAUUCCAAACAAUUAUGCAAUGCGCGUCAGUGUUAGACGCGUUUCCGCUGUUGGGCUCGUGGAGGGCUUACUCUCUGGCUGACACAAACUGUUGGUUGAAAAUAUCAUCAGAAACUCUGCGGUUAUGAGUUUUAUUUAAUUUUAUAAAGGAAAUUAUAUUAUUGGGCUUGUACUGGGACAAAGUAUAGCAAAUUGGCUUACUUAACUCUAAAAUCAUCGCCCGUCAAAAGUGCUCCAUUAAGGUAUAGUGGCAAAUGCGAGUGUCAGUAAGUUAAAGUUUUUCUCGCCCGUGCCUCUCGAUUCUUCGUUACCGGUUAAGCCUGGGCACUAUUUCCGUUCUUAGGCCCCGCCGGCCGUAAGAAUCAAGUGGCCCUGGAGAGGAAGAUGCCCUCGGAUUAAAACUCGACAAGAGGGACUUUUUUGUCAACAUCGAUCGGUAUUUGUAGAACCACAGAAAUUCCACACAAGCUUAUUUGUGGAUAUUUAAUAGCUCAAAAUUAGCAAAAAAAAAAAUACCAUGGAUACACAUUUUAUUAUUUUUUUGGCUUAGCAAUAAUAACAGUGAAGCUUAAAUAGUUUGUCAGUAUGUAAGGUAAACAGGUCAAAUGUUGGCUGUCAAUUUAUUUUUGUUUGACAGUUCUUUUAAUAUAUUUUGCGCUGACAUCUGUGAAUUUCGAACAGCUUUGGCCAUGGGCCAGCUGUGAUGUCAACAUCAACGAAGUCAACAGAAAUGAUUUCUAUUUAGUUCUCGUUUUGUUUCUAGGUUUUCUUCUGGUGUUACAAGAAUUGUGUGAGAAUCAACUUAAAUUUCUGCCUAUCACAAAAUCUAGCGAUGAAAUACGCCUAUUUGAAGUGCGAAAUAAACGGAAAUUUGGCAUAUCUUAAGAAAAAAGACCCACAGAUUUUUUUUUCCUUUGGAGGGAAAGGGUUAUUGUGUUUUUCUUUUCAAUUGCAAAUUGGCCCUCUAAAUUAAUAACCACAACUCAAGUGGGAGUAAGGAGCCUUACUUAAAUUUCCUAUUUUUAAAACUGCUUUGCGUGAAAAAAUAAAUUAAUAUGAAAUGCUAGAGCGUCAGUUUUGACCAACUGAAUAUAUAAGUAGAAUUCUAGUUUGGACUUAUCUUGUCAGGAAUUUAAUGAUGAAAAAAUAAAAGAAAGACGUGGUUAUGUAAUGUCA